CUUCCACAAACAACGUUGCUUCACACACAACCUCAGAAUUGGAACGGAAUGUCUUUAGCUCAGCAAAACCCCGAUUGGCAGCCGAAGAAGCGUUCGCGGCUUGGUUGCAACACCUGCAAAGCGCGAAAGGUUAAAUGUGACGAGGGUCAACCUGUCUGCAACAACUGUGAAGGCCUGCACCUGGAGUGUGCAUAUCCAAGUGCCGGCCAAAGGAGGGUAGCGGUUGGGAGGAGGAAUCCCAAAUCAUGCAGCGGCUGUCGGAUUGCAAGGUGUAAAUGCUCUCGAAAGGUCGUCGGCCAAUCCUCCUGCGAUCGAUGUCGCGAGAAGAGCCUGCUUUGUUCUUACCAAGACGGACCUGGGAACUCACCGAGACAACUUCUACCGAGUGAUCCGAGAGGGCAAGGCGUUGUCGCAGCAGCGCCAAUGCAGACGACUGAUAUAGAUGAAGAGGCUUGUCUGACUCCUGCGCCUGAACCGGCGAUUACACAGCUCCACUGGCUCAGCUCACCUGACUUACCGGAUGGGAAGCAUACCAGAAUAUUGGUUGAUAGCUACUUUCAAAACAUACAUCCACUUCGAUGUUUCUCCUUCAUCCACAAGCCGUCUUUUCUACAGAAACUCGCUGAGGUGGGCUCUGACGUACGAAGCGAUGCACUGUUACAUAUCAUGUGUACACUAGGAGCCCAAUUCUUUGCCCUCGAGUACAGCGAUACGGUCCAGCAACUUCCCGCAUCCUUUAUCCUUAAGGCUGGCUCUCAAUGGGCCGCCAUAGCAGAGCGCUUGAUUCUUGGAAAUACCAAUCAGAUUUCCAUCGAUGGCUUGAUGACGACCCAACUCCUUCAUGACUAUGCUCUCCGCAUGGGCAACUUCACGCAGGCCUUUGUGUUGAGUGCGCUCAUGGCCCGGAUGACUCAGGCGCUACAAAUCAACCUCGAGUAUUCGUCUGACCUGUUCGACGAGGCCGCCACUGCUUCGUUGUCUGUAACGGCUCGCGAGUGCAGACGACGGCUCAUGUGGAGUUGCUAUGUCACAGAUGUCUUGUGCAGCAAUGGCGUCGAGCAGCUGACGCUGAUAUUUGAGAAGGACAUCAAGAUUCAGCUGCCUUGCAACAACCGGAAUUUCCUCCAUCGGCAGCCAUCCAUCACGAGAACCCUCACUGGUUUGCCUUUGGAUUUUGCGCCUCCCGACAAGAUCCCUGCCGAUCUCAAUAGCAAUAUGGGCAUGCUAGGUUAUCUCAUCCAGCUGUUGGAAAUACGAAGGCGAGUGCUAUGGUACAUCAAGCACCUGGACCAAGCCAAGCUGCCGUGGCUACUAGACUCCGAGUUUGCACAGCUGGACCGAGAGCUGCAAGCCUGGUACGCUACUCUCCCGGCCAAUCUUCAGUAUACGGCUUCAACAAUCUACUUGCGAAAAGAGUCAUCGCAGCUGGGCGCCCUGUGCCUCUUUCACUGCACUUACCACCAGACCAUGCUAGACUUCUACCGCAUCGGGACGCCUGAACUGUUCAAGCUCCGGUCUGCCUUUCACUUCCCUCCGGAAAUGUCGGACUUCCAGAGACAUUUGCAAUACGCCUUGUUCAAGGAGGCGCGCACGCUGGGCGCUAUUAUUGCCGAGGCGGAGCAGCAUAGUCCUAGGAUGAUCGGGGACCCCUGGUUUCCUACCAUGGCGUACGAGAGCAAUCGCGUUAUGCUCUUUUACUUGACUCAAGUCACCGAUCCUGUCGCCGUGAACAAGCGGGAUCUCGUGCUGAGUAGCAUCGCUUAUCUGCAGAGCAACCUGAAAGCGUUAAAGACCAUGCGGGCUACCAAUGCCAUGGCUGAGGGUCUAUCUCGCGGAGCGGAAAGCAUGCUCCAGAAGCUUGGGGUCGACUCCAACCACAUUCUUCCGCUGCCCAACGUCAUCUUGGACGAUCCGUACCUAGCGUUCCCGAACAGAGAUGCCGAAACCCCCCAAAGAGCCGCGGACUCUGACCUCCACCCUCUCUCGAUUUUUCGCAUGGCAAGAAAGGAGAUUCCAGAGGGACACGUACCUGUAGAGCCAUCGAAAGCAAAUUCCUCUUCAACGAGUGACGUGUUGCAGGUAAUUGAAGACCUGAUCGUAGGUGCUGCGGGGAUGGAAGGGUUGAGUCAGAAACUUGAUAUGUUUUUCACGCCUGAUUUGGCGCGGGAUUGGGAUGUAACGGAGAUGAUUCUUGGGUCUGGAACAGAUGAUGGGCCGAUAUCAUGGAACGGCAUGACGCAGACGGGGCCAUUAUGAUGGAGCAACAACACCGGUACUCUCAUAAGUCCCCAUGAGGUUUUUGUAGAUAUCCUCUCAACGCUUCUACGGGAACCUUGGGUCUGCUAGAGUGAUGGCGGAUACGGUUUGAUCAGUGGCCUCUCGGUUGAUGACCAGUUUCAGUGACAAUUACCGCUGCAAUCUCGUCCACGUGCUUAAAGUCAAAGCAACCCUCGAGGUUGGGGAUGCGCGGGACUGCUUUUAAAAGAACAGAGUACCAGAUCAGGGCGUUGAGCCUAUCGCACCUUAG